CAACAGCAGCAGAAUUUCAGAUAGCAGGAACAUCUGCAGCACAGGCCACAGCGAUACCAGCAGCACCAACAGCAAUAGCAGCAGCAGCAGCAAUAGCAGCACCAGCAAUAGCAGGAGCAGCAGCAGCAAUAUACGCAGCAGCAGCAGCAGCAGAAGGGAGUCUGAUGCAGCAAGACCGCGCAGCAACCCAAAAGGGACAGCUUUCUUGUCUCCGCCGGAGUUGUCCGCCCUGCCCCAUGUACGGCAGCAGCAGCUGCUGCAGCAGCAGCAGCUGCAGCAGCAGCUGCAGCAGCAGGUGCAGAGAGAACGACAGCAGCAGCAGCAGCAGCGGCAGAAGCCCCGCAUAUACCUUCACCCUGCAGUACAAGGCGCCAGAAGGCGCUCAUCUGCUGCUAAACCUUCUGCUGCAGCAGCAGCAACAGUAGACAGAUCUGCAGCAGCAACAGUAGAGAGAUCUGCAGCAGCAGCAGCAGCAGAAGCAGAAGCAACAGCAUAUGAUGCAGCAGCAGACAAUCAUCUCGUUGCACUGGAGCAGCAUGACUUGGCUGCCCUCGAUAGCAGCAGCAGCAGCAGCAGCAGCAGCAGCAGCCGUGGACGGGGCCUCUUGUGCAAGGCCCUGAAGGCUUCGCUUGCUGCACAGGGGAUCCGAUCCCUUACAGAGGUGCAGCGAAGAGCGCUGCCACACAUCCUUGCAGGGCGUAGCGCCUUGAUAAGGUCCCCCACAGGUACAGGGAAGACUCUGGCGUAUGUGCUGCCGCUGCUGCAGCUGCUGCAGCAGCAGCAGUGGCCGCGCGAGGAGCCGAUUAUUAUAUUAACGCCCACUCGGGAGUUAGCAGAGCAAGUUGCAGCUCAGUUCUACAGGUUUCGCGGCAGCAUUGUUUGUCAUCCAGUCUUGGCUGUGGGGGGCCCCCAGGGGGGCCCCCCAUUGGGUAGCGUGCAGCUGCAGCAGCGCGGAGGGCAUGUCUUGAUCGGGACGCCUGGGCGUAUAGCAGCACUUGCUGCUGCAGGUUAUUUGCUGCACCUGCAGCAGCUCAAGUGCCUGGUUCUAGACGAAGCAGAUAAGCUUGUGGGGCCCUCGUUUGACGAUUCGUUAAAGAUAUUGCUGCAGCAAAUAAACCCUCAAAGACAAACUCUGCUGCUCUCAGCUACACUCCCCAACUGGGUGUCAAAACAAAUACAAGAAACACUCUCUCCCCCGCAGCAGGAGCAGCAGCAAGAGCAGCAGCAGCAGCAGCAGGAGCAGCAGCAGCAGCAGCAGCAGCAAGAGCAGCAAGAGCAGCAGCAAGGGAAUAAAGGGGCCGUUGUGAUUGACUUAAGGGACACUGGGGGCUCUGAACUGUCUCCUUCUGUCUCUCAUAUUGCUGUUAGGGUGCCACGUGCUGUAGGGGAGCGAUGCCGUGUUGCUGCUUUGCUGCUGCUGCAGCGGCUGCAGCCUGAAGCACAAGCAAUUAUCUUCUGCUGCAGCAGAGACGAGGUGUCGCUGCUGGCAGCACAUCCGUUGCUGCAGCAGCAGCAGGCGCGUCAGCUGCAUGCGCAGAUGCCUCAAAGGGAGAGGAGACAGACAGUGCAGCUAUUUAGAGACAGACAGUUUAAUGUUUUAAUUGCUUCUGAUCUUGCAGCUAGGGGCCUCAACUUCCCUGGCGUGCGUUUAGUGCUGCAGUGGGGGCCCCCCCUCUCUCCUGAGCUGUACGUACACCGAGCAGGCAGGACAGGAAGAGACUGCGGGGAGGUUAUAGUGCUGUAUGAUGAAGCACAAAGGAGACAGCUCAGGCUGCUGCAGCAGCAACUCAAGAUACACCUCAAGCACGCCAAACCCCCCACAGACGCACAAGUGCAGCAGCAGCUUCUUCAGAGACUAGAGGGUGAGAUUACUUCUUUUCCUUUUGCUGGGGACUUGAGUCAACUGACAUCUUUUGCUGCUGAGCAGCAGCAGCAAUGGGGUGUACGUGUACUUGCUGGAGGGUUGUGGCUGCUGCUGCAGCGGCAGCAGCGCAUGUCUUGGGUCUCGUGUCUCUCUGGGAAGCCUCACCGUCUCUGUUUCUUAUUCUUUGACCCUUUAGGGGAGGUGCUGCGGCGUCGCAGCGAUUUGCUGCAGCUGCUACGUGCUGCUCUAACCGAGCAGCAGCUGUCUCUUGUGGGGCAUAGGGAUUCUGCUGCUGGUUUGUUUGCUUCUGGUGCUGCUCCUGCUGCUAUUGCUGAUGAUGCGUCUAUUGAUUCUGUUGCUGAUUCGUUUGCUUCCGUUGCUGCUGCUGCUCGUGUUCUUUCUUCGGAUGUUGAUGCUUUUGCUUUUGCUGCUGCUGCUGCUGCUGGGUGCAGACGCGCCGCUAAGCUGCUGGCUAGGAGAAGGGAGGCUGAGGCUGCGAGGCAAACUCUGAGGCAAAUGCUUCAGCAGAAUAAGCGGAGACAAACGAAAGAAAGCACCCAAGCAGCAGCAGCAGCAGCAGACAGCAGCAGCAACAGCAGCACCCAAGCAGAGUCUUAA